CCGUUGCUCUUUCCGUUACUUUCAUUGUCGUAUUUCAGUUGUUUUCGUCACGCGUCGAACUUAUUCCUCACGGAAUGCCUAUAGGUCGAGAAAUAGGAAAGUUGGUGGAUUAUCGACGAAUCUCACCGAGAGUUCAGUGACCCUAGGAAAACUUCACGGACGGAAUUACUGCUCCCGUGGCAGAGCUGAGUAGAAUUAUGCUCGUGCACGGCCGUAUCGGCGGAUCGAUGACGAAGGUGGGGCCAAACCCCAAAAACGUAGACUUCGACAGCUGGAUCAUAACCGAACGAAAGAACAGGGUUGUUCGAUUCACGUUUGUCAACCACCUACCUACGAACGAUUCACGAUCUAUGUUUCUUCACGCUUUUGAUCUCUUCCACAGGAGGAUAUUAAAUCUUUCUCGCUGAAAACUGCGUGUAACGCGUUUCUUUAUCGAAACGUUCGUAAAACAUUACGCGCAAAUCGAAAUUACGAAACUACCGGUCGUACGAGCGAGAAUAAAAAGCGAUUCUAGACAUUAAUAAGGACAAAUUUCCCUCUUGGUUCAACGACCAGAAUAUUGUUUCGCCGUUGGUUGUCGCUAAGGCGAUCAGAGGCCGGCAAACUUUCAUAAUUCCAACGGUAAUGCGGUGACAACUUCCUGUCGCACCGUGUGGCCGGUUUUAAAGCCACCGAACAUAAUGAAACGCGUUCGCAUAUGCGUCCACUACGUGUCCCUAUUUUUUUCUGCAUACCGUUUCGCAUCUGUUGCAAGUCCCGUACCCCGGUCCCAGUUUCGUUCCCUCUUUUCUCAUGCGGCUAGACAAUACCGACUUGCUCCCUCGUUCUCUUUCUUUCGUCAACGUUAGGUCCGGUCAUGUACGUAAUAUGCAAAGAACCUGGUCAAUCGUUCGUGUCCCAACGAAAGCAGGAAGUCAAUCGAAAAAAUCGUUUCUUUGUUUAAUUCGUUAAGGCGAGCGAAUGUAAAGGUCGUUUUUCGAUAGUGAUUUUAAAGGAGAAAUUGAUAGAGGCAGCGAUGUAAAGUAUAAAUUGUACUUUCGUUACGAAGGCAAGAUGUUUUCGCUGUUCCUAAUUAUAUCGAAAAAUCUGAGUAGAUCGAUGAUACGGCUUAUCGUCGUUCCAAUGCAUAGAUAUGAGGCCAAGACAGGCUUUUCCGUAUAACUCCAUCGUGUAUAUUUAUAGUGUUUAUACGUGGAUGUAUUUAUAAUUUCAGUGGUAGAUGGUUGGUGGACAGUUGGUGCAUGCAGCGACGAGCUGUGUGCCGAUUACUCGUGCUUUUGGAGCAUUCAACGGUUAACAUAACGCGAAUUCUUUCGAGUCAAUUCGCUGUUCUCUCUAACCGGCUGCAAAGUGCAGAGACCUCUCGGACAUUUAUAAAAAGACUGGCGAAUGAUCGCUAUUAAAUUUUCGUAAGUUUGCGCAAUAGCUUUAAAAAUGAUUCAAGGCGAGGAUGCAUCAAACAGAUCCGUGUCCAGGAAGUUCUCGCAAAAUAGUUUGAUUCGUUUGGCGCAGUGACGUAAUAUAACGGAAAUGAAUUUCCGAAAACACGAACUUGCGGUUAUUGGCACGACCGCCAAGUGUUGCUCGGCUUGUUUCGUCAGCGGUGCAUAAUUUUGGCGUACUGUCAUUUUCGAGACUGGCCUCGCUCGAUCUGCGGAGAUAAAGCCAGGGUAAGGUCAGGGAUUCUUCCUCGUUACUUUCCCGCGUUCGUGGCCAGCCACUUGCAUCGCUUUUGGAAAUUAUUCGUAGCGAAAAGGGUGAAAACAGUGCCAAAAAUCUAAAAUGGCAAAACUCUAAACAAAUCGAGCAUAAAGUGCGUACGUAGAAAGCGACGAUCGAUGAAUCAAAGUAAAGCAAUUGGAGUGGGAUAAUCAGGCAGAAGGUUCCCCGAGUACGUCGACUUUAUCCUUGAGAUUUUUCACCUCGUUGACUUUGACUCUCGCGCGAGUUGUAGUGUUUUGUCAGACGCGGAUUUUUCUUUUUUUUUUUUCUUGCCGGUUCUCCUCGAAAGAUUCAAUUUCAUGGUCUUUGGCAAAUGGCCACCAGCGAGUUUCGACGAUGUAAUUCAUGGUUUCGAGUUCACUACCGAUCGAGUGCGGCCUCGUAAGGGGUAAAAGUACUCUUGUAUCGACGCGAUAGCGCACCGAGACGACGGGGGUCAAAAUCCGUGAAGGGGUGGUCAUGAUCUGAUGCAAGGGGUGAUGCAAGCAGGGUGAGGGAGGCUGGAGGAGGGCGGUAUACCUUCUGCCUCGUAAUGUCGGGGAGCCAUGUUGCAAACAUUUCCUAACGAACAAACCCCUGCAAACAUCUCGAGGGGACACUGAAAUAUUGUAUGCGAACUGUCUGUACUUUGUCCACUCUCUUGUUAACAGGACGCGAUUGAAACAAAGUGACAGGUGUUACUUUUAAACCGAACGACAGAAUAAACAAAAAUCGUGACGCGCUACUCGACUCUCGAGAUUGUAAGCGUUCAAGAGCGAACCGUGAAAGAUUUAUAGCUUUACUUUGCAAAUAAUUUAAACGCCGUGAUACAGCGUGGAAAUUGGAAAUUUGGCAAAACUAGACGAGGGGAAAAAAAGGAUGUUUAGAGGGGCCAAAGAGUUCGAUCGGCGAUGGGAGGUCACAGUUUAUUUAAGAACGCGCAUACGUCUCUUAUUAGUUCGAUCGGCAACCCCUCGCAGCGUACGCGCGAGUCGGUAGGAGGAGAUACGUAAUAAAACGAGGGGUUCGUAGUGGGCUGGCGACGAGCUUAGCCGAGGGUGCGCGAUCGCUACCGAAUCAAGCCGACGUUGACCGAACGAGCUCGCCGAGCUGUGCAAGCCGCUUGAACGCGACUGGCGUGUCCAGUCUCUAGGCAGCCUCCGCCCGUGUUGUAUCGUUAUUUCCGUUUCCUUAGUAUAGUGUUUAACGCUUUAAUUUCUAGUCUCGCGUAACCCUCUACACAUUCACAUAUACACGCAUAUACAUACACACGUAUAUCGUAUUCUAUUUUUUUUACACACAUACAUACACACAUACGCGCACGCGCACAUAUACACGUACGUUUACAUCAUACCCACCGUAUACCUCCGACCCCUCGUUUUCUUUAUCACGAUCGACGAAUACGAAAUUUGGUGAUCCCGUUUUACGACGAUAUCGAACGCGACUAAUUUUCGGCAGAGCCGCUCGUACACAUACACGUACACUCACACGUAUGUGCUCGUCAAAGUGAAACCGAGGGACCGUCGACCAGGAGGCGAGCAUAAAUGCCGAUUUACGAGCGCUCGCGUCGUACUUUUCUUUCAUUGAUUUCCCCUUCUGUUCCGGGCGGCGGUGCGAGAGCGUGAUAGUAGGUGCACGUAAAGAGAGAGAGUUAGAGAGAAGACCAGGGACCGGCGCGAUACAUCGAUCAGCACCACGAGAGUAGUCGCGUAGCACGGGCCAGUUGCACGUUGCUCGGUUUCGCGUGCGACCGAAAAGAGCUUUCGGAAGAGAAAAGGGAAUAAACGUCGAGAGACGGAGAGGAAAAGAAAUAGUACGGAGAGUGUCGCGUCUCGAAAAAAUAAAGAAAAGUGUUUUCUGUGUUUCUGUGUGGAUGUGUGUCGUGUGCUUACGCGUGCAUCGAUCGUAAAGAUAGAAAGGUGUGGAUCCUGAAAAGACCGUGGAAACAGAUUUCGUACGUAGUUAGAGAGAACUCGGUAGAAGACUGCAAUGAUGGCGAACGGAAUGGACACAGUCGUGCAACAAAAUGGUGGAUCCACCCUCGGACAGGCCUCGCAGGAAGAGUCCAAGACGAAUCUCAUUGUAAAUUAUUUGCCACAGAGCAUGACACAGGAUGAGAUUCGAUCCCUCUUUGCGAGCAUAGGCGAGGUGGAGAGCUGCAAGUUGAUUCGCGAUAAACUCACCGGUCAGAGUUUAGGUUACGGUUUUGUUAACUAUCACCGGCCUGAGGAUGCUGAGAAGGCGAUAAACACGCUCAACGGUCUUCGUCUGCAAAACAAAACGAUCAAGGUAUCGUACGCGAGACCGAGCAGCGAGGCGAUCAAAGGGGCAAACCUGUACGUGAGCGGUUUGCCGAAGAACAUGACGCAACAAGACCUGGAGAAUCUAUUCAACCCAUAUGGCAGAAUCAUCACAUCGCGGAUACUUUGCGACAACAUCACCGUACGACAGUUUGUGACCGGCGGCGGAGACUAUUUGCCCGGAUUGUCGAAAGGGGUCGGUUUCAUAAGGUUCGACCAGCGGGUCGAGGCCGAGAGGGCGAUUCAAGAGUUAAACGGUACCGUUCCGAAGGGCUCAUCCGAGCCGAUCACCGUCAAGUUCGCCAACAAUCCGAGUAACAACAACAAGGCGAUACCGCCGUUGGCCUAUCUGGCACCGCAGGCGACCCGACGAUAUGGCGGCCCGAUCCACCAUCCAACCGGCCGCUUCAGGUACAUUCCACUGUCGCCACUAUCCAGCACUGGCAAGGCCAUGCUUGCCAUUAACAAAGGCUUACAGAGGUACAGCCCGCUGGCAGGCGAUCUCUUGGCGAACUCAAUGCUACCCGGGAACGCGAUGAACGGUUCCGGCUGGUGUAUCUUCGUGUACAACCUCGCUCCAGAGACCGAGGAGAACGUGCUGUGGCAGUUAUUCGGUCCGUUCGGCGCCGUCCAAUCGGUCAAAGUGAUCCGCGACCUGCAGACGAACAAGUGCAAAGGCUUCGGUUUCGUGACGAUGACCAACUAUGACGAGGCGGUGGUCGCCAUCCAGAGCUUGAACGGUUACACGCUCGGUAACCGGGUUCUUCAAGUGAGCUUCAAGACGAACAAGAGCAAGGCGACGUAGAACGACAAGCAACAGCACCAGCAACACCACGAUCACCAUCAUCAGGCAGCAGCAGCGGUAGCAGCAGCAGCAGCAGGGACAGCAGUGGCAGCAACGCCAGCUGUGGCGGCAGCCGCGGCCGUGAUCGGUCAAGCGACCGCAACCAAAACCGUGCUCGGUUCAACGACCGCAGCAGCCGCGGUGGUCGCCGCGACAGCGACCGCUGCUGCUGCGGCCGCGGCUGCGGCUGCGGCUGUGGUCACGCCCGCGACCGUCCAAGCGCUCGCGACUGCCUGUGCUUCCACUAAGAAGAUCGACCACCACCAUCUCCCUGUCGAUUCCGUGAUCAACACCGUGAACAGUCGUGAUCGCGGAGCAAACCAUCAUAACAAUCAGAACUACCAUAACCAGCAUCAACAGCAGCAGAAUCACCCGUUCAAAGAUCACCUGGCCGAUGUGUCCAAAUACGAAAAGACGGCUAGGGCCUCCUCGAAAAAAUAUCGGUGGGGCAGAUACGACUACGAGAACCACGACGACGAGUACAAUUCCGACUAAUAUUCGGAGGAUGCUGAGUUCCCUGGAGAAUAUUCGACCGAGGGAUGAUGGAAGGAAAAAAGACAGGAGCAGAGUGAGAGAACAGGAAGAAAGGGGAGAAUGCUAAGAGAUACUCGUGCGUGUGUGUGCGUGUAUACGUGUGUCUGUACGAGCAAGGGUGCGAUGCAUAUGCAGUAGGUGCGCGUGGCUGAGAGGGAGAGGGACGUAGAGAGACGAGGACGAACAGACAGCGAAGACGAAGAGAGGUAGGUCGUGGUACGCGAUCGCUCGCCCGAUAUUCCUAAUUAUACAUCGUGUGUAGGAACGAAGAGGAGGGUAAAGAGGAAGCUUCGCUUUUUUUUUCAUUUCCUUCGCCUUAGCUUCACCCUCUCCCUCUCUGGUUACUCGUUUCUUUUCUCCCGCUGUUCGUCCACGACAGAAGGUUAACGCGAGGUCCUGUCGGCUUCCGUAGCUCGCGGGAUUCGCGACUGUGUCGCUUCAUUCCCGCGGCUUGGACGGAAUAAACGAUAAGAUGAAAUCGGACGAAAAGAAAGGGACGUCCGUAGCGACCAAACGUGGCUCGUGCGACUGCUUGCGGAUAUUGUACAUACAUAUUGCCGAUUUAUGUAUAUGUACGCGGAUACACGGGCCACGUAAUACUAAAUAUAAUAAUAAUAAUAACGUUACCGUAUCGAUCGACAAACAUAGAGGAGAAAACUUGUCAUGAAAAUCGAGUUGGCGAGAGAAAUAAAGGGAGGACGAGAGUCCCCUCUACUAGACCAAAGAGUCACGACGACGUCAGGCUGUGAGACUCGAGCAAAAUUUAUAAAAGGCAGGGCCUGAUUGAUUUUUUUUCCUUUUUUUUUUCUAAAAUCAUUGACAACUCACGACGUAAGAGAAGCGGACAAGAAAACGCGACAGUGCCUCGUGUUUUCCCGAUUAGAUCGACUACGUGUGAACUUGAUGGAAAGGAUCGGUGGACAUACAUAUGGAGGAUGGAAAAGAGUGCGUAGUAGUAGGUGACUGUAGGGGAAUGGUGUAGAAAGGAGAGGCGAAUGAGUAGAGAGAGAAUAGAAGGACGUGGCGAGACAAUACAGACGGAUCGCGAUCGAGGACGGGACGGGGACGAUCGAUAGAUCGAUCGAAGUACGAAAGGAGGCAAAUCGCUCUCUGGUAGAGGAUAUAAGGGAAACGGGAAUACCAAUAGUGAAAACCAUGACGCUGAUGUAUGUGAGAAGCCUCGCGUUCGAUUUUUAGAAUGCGAGGAGGCGCCGAAAAGAGCGGGAGAACUAGUUGUUAAAUGCAGACGAUCGAUUUCCCCUUUUUCUUUUUCCUGUUUAGCCAGUGAGACUAAACGUACUUAAGGAAUCUAAACUUUCUUAAUCCGUAGUUAAAUUAAGGACGAGUCAUCAUUCGACGAGUACCGAAAGACGAAGUAUAAUAAUUAUUACCUAUUUAAGAAAAUAUUUUAGGGCUUAUGUGCUAUACAUCACAAUGCGAUGUCGCGAGAAUUCGAGAGAUCGAAACGUCAUAAUAGUGACCCGAGGGAUUACGUCACGUUUCCUGAUAACGUAGCAACGUGUUGUAUCUUUUCUUUUUGCUAGUCACGAGCUCUUGUACUUCUCUGCCGGUUGUCCAAAGAAUAUUCAAUUUUUCAUUUUCUUUUCGUUUUUUUCUUUUUCAUUUUCUUUUUUUUUUUUUUUUUGUUCUUUUAUUUUUCUUAUGUAUAGAUAAUAUGUAUGUAUAAGAGAGAUCUUAGUUAGUACAAAGUGCUUUCUUGAGUGCAGAGUCUGAUUUUAUCGAGCAUCGCGUAUUAGUGUCCUUCGAAUGUGCACCGUCCACAAACUUGGACGUUUUAGAAGAACUUUGUCAGCCAACUUUUUAACAAAAAAACACACACUCACUUUACACACACGUACACAUAUACAUACAAAGACAUUGCUUGCAGCGGGGAGAAAAGGAACAAAGAGGAGAUUCUUCCUCCCCGUCGCAACGAAGAUGUUCCGAUUUUUAUAAACACGAACGUUCGAUUUCCCUUUUUUAACGAAAAUAUUGAAAGAAAAAAAAAGUCCAACGUACAAAAUAAUAUUUCAUAGAGACGGUUUACUUAUACAUACGGUACGCAGAUUGGACGCGUCGUGUCUUUUCUUGCAACGAAGAAAGAACGAAAGAUUUAACGAAAGAAACACUUCGCGACGGUGCACGGAUAUGUGAUACAGACAUGAUGUUGAAGUACGAUCGACGAAUGAUUUUCGGAUCAUCGGGAAACACGUGUCUAGUCUACGUGCAAAGAGGCGUCAGUGAAUAGAAAACGGCGCCGCGUGUUAAGAACCUCUCUCCACACAGAGAACGAGAAAACUCUUUUCUUUAGACUAGUAAGCAAAUCAGACAGGCGAUUUCAAAGAAGGCGCGUUUUAGGUGAUACGGUGUAUAAGGUAAGCGAACCGUUUCGCCCGCGCUAGCCCGUAGAAGCAAUUCCCUUGAACGGGAUUAGACGUACCAUCGAAAACCGAAAACCAAAUCUUUUCCUUAGAUAGCGAAGAGAGACUAAUUGGAUAGACGAAUAUCGAAUUACGUUUUCUUAAAUACAUGUUACCUUGUAACGGUGAUCGGGACUAGCGCGAACGAACAUGGAUCGUAAGUACUUAAUCGUGAGUAAAUUUCGAAAAUUUCUUAAGCUCCUAGGUUUAGUAUAACGCGACAGAAAAAAGCGUAGCAUAUAUAUAUAUAUAUAUAUAUACACACACACAUAUAUAUACACAUAUAUAUAUGUUGUCCUAUUUAUGUGUACCUUCUUGUGUCUAGUCCGGGAGCGAGGAACGGGUUGUUCGUUUGAAAGAGAAUACGCUCCCUAGAAGCACGACGAUAUACACCUGUCCUCCCUCCCAAAAAAAAAAAAAAAAAAAAAAAACGUAAUUUGAACCUCAAGCAACAGAUGCUUUCUGCUAAGAUUUUAUUUUAUUUAUUUGGAGAACUCGUGAAUAUCGAUCGGUCGCGUGCGACGCGUACACCCUUCGGUUCUUUCGAUCGGGUGUUGUUGGACGACGCGAUCGACGCGUCCACGGGGCAAACAAGAUCUCGAUAUUAGUGCAAAUUAUACACUGGUCGGCUGACAAAAAGCAAACUGGCGUCAUCGCGUGCUGUGGCGUGUGUUACAGACGUCAGAGAUAAAGGAGAAACGAUUCGCCCCUCGUUGCUUCGAUGCUUCUUGCGCCGAUCAUGAUCCUUGGUUGAUUUGCUGCGAACGUACGACAAAAUGAUAGUAACACGACUUUGAUCGAAGCAGGAUAGUUGCGUAACUGGAUACAAUGGUGCGUAUAGGAGAUGAUACCACACAUAUAUAAUUGUAGCUGGAAUGACUUUUGGCGAAGCGUGAGGAUUUCGAAGGGGGAACGUCCGAUAACCCUCUAAACGGGGGACGAAUCGCAUGUAAGAAAUCAGUUUCAAUGUUUUCUAAUAUUAAAACUAUACAUUUUCUCCUUUUCAUAAUUAUUAUUACGUAUAUUAAUUAUACUUAUUAUUCUGGUUAUUAUUAUUAUUAUUAUUAUUAUUAUUAUUAUUAUUAUUAUUAUUAUUAUUAUUGCCAUUGUCAUUGCCAUUAUUAUUAUUAUUCAUUAUUAUCAUCAUCUUCGUCAUCGUCAUCAUCAUCAUCAUCUUCAUUAUCACGAUCAUCGUCACGAUCAUCAUCGCUAUUAUUAUUAUUAUUAUUAUUAUUACUAUUAUUAUUAUUAUUAUUAUUAUUGCUAUUAUUAUUAUUACUAUUAUUAAUUAUGAUCGUAUAUAAUUUUUGUGUCUCUCGUCUAGUAGCUACGUGUAAAACCUUAAUGCCUUUAUUAUCUAUCUAAUUUUUCGUACCACUACAGAGGAAAAAAACGUCUUACUCACUUUACUUAACAUCAUACUACUACCGUUACUUUCUCUCAACUGCUAUAACUACUUGCUAUAACUAUUACUAUUAUUACCACCACCACCACCAUCACUGCUACUAUUACUUACUAUUACUACUACUACUACUACACUACUACUACUCCUACUACCUCUCCUACUACCAUUACCACUACUACCACCACCACCACCACCACCACCACUACUACUACUACAACUACUACUACCACUACCACUACCAUUACCACUACCACUACCACUACUAUUACUACUACUACUACUGCUUACUACUACCGAUUAUUUAUUUAUUUAUUUAAUUAUUAUAUAACAUAACAGAAAUUAUGUUUUAUUUAAGGAUUAAACUGAUUUGUGUUUGGUUCAAAUACGUCGUUUGUUUUAUUUCGAUUACUUGUUUCAGUUGCCACCAGCCUCCCAAACAACCAUGGUUUACAUCUACAUUUUCUAUCCAUCCUGAUAAAAAAAAUAUAAUAUAUAUCUUCUUCUGCUUCCUGACAUUCCCCGUUGCUCACAGAGACUGAUGUAAUCGAUGCGUAGCACGCGCGAGCGCAGCGUACACCGACGUUUCGCUGGAUAUUUACUGCACGCUCGUCGAUCGUGGUUCGUAACAUUUCUAUAAUUAUCUUUGUUCCAUCGUGGGCGACCCCGUGGAACCGACAAGAAAUUCGUGUCCAUCGAGAAGUUUAACCGUCUGCGCACGUAAGGAGAGGAGAGUCGUUCGGGCGCGUGAACCGACACACGAGUCUUUGCUUCUUUCCCACUGAUAGUCUGUGAUCUCAAAGGCAAUGUUCGCGUGUCGAUCGACGCGUCGAAAAGAUUGAUCUCAAACCUAUCGAUAGUCGCUGUACAAUUACAAUGCACGAACAUCGGACGUUUAGUCAACGAUAUUGGAUCGUAUAAGAAUGUUGCGUUAAGUAUCGAAAGGUGAAGGUCGAUCGGAAGGUUCCAACGGCGCCCACGAUCGUAGAAAAUUAAUGGAAACGGUUCGUGAUACUUGAGAAAACGAUAGAACUCAUUGUUAAAAGUACAAAUGCCACGAGGCGGUCGCGCAAGUAGCUUUAAUACUCUCGUGCGCAUUUCGGUUAUAUAUACUGCCCAAUGUUGCGCCAAUAAAACAGUAAAACUAUACGAUAGAGACUUGUUGGAGUGUGAAAACCAAUCAUUGAUAACGAUAGGCGAGGACGUAGUCCCUCGGUGAACUUGAGACCGUGUCGAAGGGCGGAAACUGGUGCCAAGGGGAAAGGGAAUGAAGCGCGUUCACGUCAUCAGUUGCCUACGUAAAUAAGGAUAUUAUCGAGAGAAAAUGAUAUUGUCACGAUGAUGAUGGAACGAUGACCUGGUGAGGACGAGAUUAAAAAACAAGGGUGUUUCGCUCUCUUUCCUCUUUAACGAGUGCAAUAACGGUCGGAGCUGCUCAAUUUAGCGCACAGUAUAUUAGAAGAGGUUGUCGAUGCUACACAGACUCGAAAGGGUCGAAGAGACGCACAACGCGACGAGGAUACUCGUCGGGACGACGGAUGAUAGCGCAGGCCCUGUCCCGUUCUUUCCAAUGUAGAGAAAGCCAUGGAAAAGGCGAGGGGAAAACGUGGAAAGAUCGAUCGAGGCAAGAACGCGAAGACAAAGAGGGAACUACGGAGUAAGAAGAAAAGAAAGGGAAUGAUGAGAGAGAGGGAGAGAGAGAGAGAGAGAGAGUGAGAGAGAGACGUGAAAGACAGCGAGAGUGGGGGGGGGGGGGGACACGCUAAUCUACUUAACUAUAAAAUUAUAUUACCAUACGAUUAUUACGUUAGAUAUACAUUAUAUAUAUUGUAUUUAUGUCUCAAUAAUCGUUGUUAGUUAUAUCGCUAUCGAUGAUGACGAUGAUAAUGAGUGUUUUGUUAUCGGUGAUUAAUAGAAAAGAGAGGGAAUACGGAGUCAGCAGACAUAUACACAUACAUACACGUACACAGGGAACACAAUAGGGCACACAUUUACGCGAUAAUGGCACACAUUUACGCGAUAAUGGCACCAUGUGUCUAUUCUCGAUGAUAAGAUGGAUAUUCGAGACUGGAGGAUGAUCGAAUCGCUUUCGAACUGAUUCCGAACGCUUUGAGGAUCUCUCGCGAAGAACGCGAAUCCUCCACAAGAGGAUGCCGCAUAGCAGUUGGAAAUUGAAUUUUUAUUCGACGCACGACAAUUGGAAUAUCGACAAAUUUGCGAUCACGUUGUAAACAAAAAUUUAUAUCGCCUGUAACUCUCCUAUGACCUGUAUAAAUUUUUAAUAAACUCAUUUAAUACAAAGCGUUUUGAAAUCGGUCCGAACGUGACGUAAAAGUUUCGUCACAUUCCGCGGCUUUUAGAUAAUUUCACCGACGGACGAACGACGUUACCUUUAUUAGGACAUUUGCAUUUAGUGGUUAGCCGCAUUAGCCAUAUUAUUACCCGUAAAAAUCAACCAUUUAUACUUCUCUUGUACCUUUUAACCAAUGAAAAAGUAAAAAAAGUAAAAAAGGUGUUUCUACGAAGGUGUCGAAGGAGUGGUUUAUCGAUUCGUUCUCCGGAUCUUUACGAAUUGACAAAUUCAGCCAACUUCUUCUAUCCGAACAGCUUACGUUCCUUAUUAGUUAGUAAUUUUCUUAGUUAGUGAAUUCUCUGCAGCUUUCUUGGAGUAAUUUGUCAUCUUCGAGAACAGGUCUCCUGCCUCGUACAGCAUUACGUGUAUAUCGCGAACAAACAUCCCUUAGUGGCGCAAAGAAUGUGCAAAUAGGCAACAUUUCCUAUCGCCAGUAUGUAUAAACCGAUCGGAUUUCCAAAGAAUCCAUCGACUAUAUCGAUUAUCCAUUGACGUUAAUUAAAUGAUUAGAACUACUAAACAGCUACGGUUCUGGCAGAAUGUGAAUGACGAUCGAUGAACGAAGUCUCCGGUCAAGGGACUGUUCCAUCUUCGUAAUAGUGAAUACGCAUUUCUUCAAGAGAUCCAACCGGUGAAUAAUUUAGAAAACACCAUGAUCGAUUCGAAUCGAAAGAGGUUUACCUAUUCUUCAUCGGAAACGGUCUCGCGAAAUGAAAUACGUCGCUGUCAGUUUGAACAACGCACAAUGCUGUCUCUAUUCGACAGCUUGUCGAUCGUUUUAUAAAGGCGAGUCGAUCGUCGAUUCACUGUCGGCUGAAUGUCGAUCCAGGGGAUCGUUGUCCCUCGUUAUCGUCGUCCUGUUCUCUCGUCGUCGAUGCUCGUCGUGAUUCGCAUUCAUCGUCGCCGGAAAGGCGCUUCAUCGUCACGUUAGACGCAUUCGAGAUGCUCGAUUGUGGUUGUCGCGCUCGACGAUCCUCGUGAUCGUUCGUUCGAUAUUCGAUUGAGUCUAUUCAAUGUCGAUCCGUGUUUAUCGCGCGGCAACGUCGAGUCGACGAUUCGCUGUUUCGUUCUUCGCGUCUCGCUGUCGUGUACAGCUCGCGCGCAGAUCUAGAGUGGAACGACAACGGGCAGUUUUAACCGAAUGAGAACGAAAGAUCUCGAGUUGUUUAAAGGCAAAGCAAAGAGGUAUAUGUAAUAUACACAAGAAAUACUUACCGAAUCGAAAGUGAAAUUUUGCUCCUCGAAUAGACAAAUUUUUUGAGAGAAAGGGCCAAUAUCGACGGUAGGGAAUUUACAUUUCGAUCGGUAGAGUGAAAGGUGAUUCCUAAUCGAUCGCGAGUGGAUCGAGGUGGAUUUAUCUAUCGUUUAGACAUACACGUGGUUUUAGCCAGACGGCGAUCGAUGAUAUUUAAAACGACAUUCCGUGACUGCGUUGCUCCUCUUCGAACGAAACAAACUAGAGGGAUCGUCGGUGUACGGGGCGCGCGAUCAAGCAGCAAAAGCAACCUAAGAGCAAAGUAAGAAACUACGAAACAAAAAGAAAACAAAGGGUAAACAAUCCUCUUCCAAUUUGUACCGAAGCGACUAAAUACCGCAGAGACUGAGAUUUUAGGCGAAGUUAAUUAGCUCCGAAUGAUCGUGGCUGCGAUCGAUGAUACUCUCCUGAAACUUCCAGGGAAACUAGAGACUCCCGACAACACAGCAAAAAAUAAAGAGAGGAUAACGCAUAAGCAAAAAUGUGGUUUUUCUCGUGGACUUAGGAGAAGAACAAGAGCGUUAGAACUAGCUGUUUAGAGAUUACGUAUAUCGUGAACCCCCAGCGAUUAGGAUAAUCGAUCGAGCCUCCGUGAUCACCGAGCUCUCGUUCGUUGUCCAUUUGCGGCUAGAGUUUCAACAACUCGAAACGGCAACGAACGUUUUCGGAUCCAGUGAUGUAAAUCUUCGUAGAGUCGUUCGAGACCGACGAACGACGCGAAUAUAAGCGGAACGUGGAGCUCGAUGGCGCGAGGCUCGAUGAGACCGGAACGAGAAUAGGCUCCCGACUUUUUGAAUCGUUUUUUCUUUUCUAGGAAAAGCAACAAAUGACAAUUCGCGAAUUUUCGAACGAACUUUUUUCCAGCGGACUGACGUGACGUUGGGGUGGCGGAAGGGGUGAACGAAAUCGAGGAAAAUCCAGAGACAAAAGGUUGACAAACACCGCGCGUUUUACUUGCACACGAGCAAUUGGAAAAUAGACGACGGAUUCAUUUUUCGUCUCGGUCCCCCUGCCGUCGCUCGACGAAGCAACUUUUUUCUCGUUUAAAAACCACCGUGCCGGGCCUUCGAGCUUCGAUCGUCUUGUCAGUUUCGCAGCUUACUCGCUCAGCGUCUAGUACACCUGCCUUGGAGUCGUAAAACCAUUACCGCUACCCUUUGCCCACCUCGAUUUCCUUUGUGUUCCUCUUGUCCUCGUUAUCGAGUCGACUGGAGCGACGCUCGUCUCGUCAGGCUACUACCCCUUUCUCUUUCUCGUCCCUUUGUCGACGAUUUCGACCUCUCGGUCGUCCUUCUUUCUUUCAUCCCUGUUCAUUCCGCUUCGAUCGUUGCCGCGAGUUCGCAGACCGAGGCGUUUCUUUGAUCACGAAAGACGGUGUACUCGACCCUGGAGCGAGCACAAAACCAAAGAAAAAAAUGAUAUAUAUAUGUGUGUGAGUGUGAGAGAGAAAGGGAAUGUAAGAAUGAGCGAGCGUGCGCGUGAGAGAAGGAAAAAAGGGAAUGAAAGGGUGAAAGAGCGUGGAGAGGCGUCGUAUAUCGCUGGAGGAUGAAAUUAUUUUUACGCGUUCUCAAGCACGUCGUCCGACCGGAUGCGCUGCCGGAACGUCGAAAGUCGGCGCGGUUACAGGGGGAGGGGGGGGGGGCAGAUUGAAAAACGAAGGGAGAAAAAUUGUCGCGACAACAAAAAAGCAGCUCUAGCUCACAGUAGGCCUAACUAACAAACAAAGCGAACAAAGAAACAAAGAAAAUGAAGAUGAAAAGUAUUUAUAUACUUAAGCUAACUAAUUAAAAAAAAAAAAAAUAUAAAAAAAACGGUCGAGAAAGGGAGAGGGUGAGGUCGGCGAGAGAAAGAGAAUCAGCGAAUUAGAAGGGGAACGAAAGAGACUGAUGAUUGCGUGCGAGAGAAUUAGAGAGAGAGAGAGAGAGAGAGAGAGUGUGUGUGUGUGUGUGUGUGUGUGUGUGUAAGAAUAAUUAGAGAGGAAGAUUAAGGAGGAACAGGUAGAAAAUAGGAAAAAAGUAAAGAAAUAAAAGUCCUCGAGAUUUACUCCGAGGCGAGUCACUCGCGGAUCAAGAGAAAAGUCGAUAACUACUCUUUAACAAAAGAAGAAAAAUGUUACAAAAGAAAAAAAAGAUGAGAAGAGAGAAGUAGGAGGAAAAAAGUUGGGGGGGAGGGGUAAAUACAAAGGUGGCUAGAAAAAAAUGACGAUAAAGGGAAAACGGCUAACGGAAGAGGAGGAGCGAGAUGGAUCAGUGGGGGAAGAAAGAGAUAAUCUAUAAUCUUCUGUACAUGUUUUGAUUAUUCUAAUUAUUAAUUAUCGUAACUUAUAAUAACUAUUAAUUAAUUAAAUUAAUUGAUAUCUAUGGAACUGUAUUUAAACGACAAAAAAACGUGGUAGCUAGUUUGUCAAUGGGUGUAUAAAUAUUUAAUUACGAUAACUCUAUAGUGAUACUAAAAAUGAAACAACAACAAAACAGAAACCACAAAACAGCAGACAAACAGAAUACAAAGAUAAUGUGCGCGUGCAAGGGACAAGAGAUCGUGCCAGAUUGAAUGGGAUUUACGAAUGGCAAUGAGAAAAUGUGAUAGAAUGAACGCGACGAAAGAAUCUGUGACUAAAUACGCGAUUUAAGAGAACACACACGUACAUACACAAACACGUAAGCAUCCAGAUGAUAUACAGUAUAUGUAAUUAAUUCCACUUUAAACGAGGAAGGAAAAAGCGAAGCGAGAUGAAAAAGCAAAAUAGAUUUAAAAAAAAAAAAAAGGAAAGAAUAAGAGAAAAGGAGAAGAAACAAAGAAAGGGUUAAAAACCGAGCGCGGAUAUUAUUCAUUAAGGGCGAUCUGAUUGGUCGGACUGGUCUCGAGCGGAUCAGCGACAAAUGUGUUAAAAAAGAAAUAAGAAUGAAAAAAGAAACGAACUGUUGCAACGGGUGCCCCGGAAACUUUGGUUCUGCACAUUUUCCGGACACGCAAAGAGCAAAGUGAGUUUCACGGUGCUUCGUGGGGGUUUCUUCCGUUUCAUUUCCGUUUUAUCUCCUUGCACACUUUCUUCUUCUUCUAGUGGUCGACGCGUAAACGAAAUGCUCUCCUAAAAGCAACCGCCGCUUUUCGCAUUUCUGUUAACAAAAUAGGAAAGAUUCGCACGAUAUAUAUGAUACAUACGUGUAGAUACAAGAUGGAUCAUACAAUGGUGUUUUCUAGGUACAUUCGAUCCUUUGUAUUCCGUGAACGGAUUCGAACCGAUUUUUCAGAAGGUUCACCGUGACGCAGCAAAUGAGUUUGCUCGUGUUCUUCCGUUUCUUUUUCUUCGUGUUCGAGCUUGUUCUCUCGAAGACGACUUCUCAAAAAAAAAAAAAAAAAGAAAAAAAGAAAAAAAGAGAAAGAAAAGAGGGGAAGAAAGAAGAAGAAGGACAAAAGAAAGGAAAGAAACCAAAUACACGUGAUUCGAGAAACGAAUCGAGUCCUUAUCAUCGUUCAUGGAUUUUCUUGAUAGGAUAGCGACAUUUUUUUUUAAAGAAUCCUUCGAUGAAUCGUUUCUGUCACGUUUGUCGUUUCAUUUUCGUUUUGAAACAUUUGUCACGGUACUGGUGGGAAACGACUUUGGUCGAUCGUAGGAGGAAACUGGUCGAGUCUCGUAAUCCAUGCGCUGUUUAAAUAAUUUAUAUUUUGCCGAAGAUAUAACGCUUGGUUGAACAGGGAUGGGAGGGGGGAAAGAUAGAUUAAUUCCUUUUCAUGUAUAUCAACGUGUUUAAGUGUAAUCGAGAGACGGAAAGACUGUCGGUAAAUCAAUUGCUCAUACCGGAACGCGAUAUAUAAAUUAUUUAAAGGGAUAGUGGCAACGAAAGGAUAAUCGUCGUGGUACGAUCUGUAGAGGAAUCGAUGAUCUCAAUUCACUGUGUCCGAAUCAAUGGAACGGAUCAAACCUCUUGAUCGCGCCUUGGAUCCCGUCGUUUUACGCUUCUCAACAUCCUCCGUCGCGAGAUAAGGAAUCAACGUUAAGAUAUCGUACAAAAUAUAAGUAUAAAUACGCAGAUGGUACUUCGUCGAGGAAAUUUAUAUUUAAAUAUAAAUUCAGCGUUCGUGUUCGCCUGCUGAAUUUAUUUCUAAAGCGAUGAAACUCGUCUAUCGAAGUACGCUGUUUACGUACGUAGGAUUUUAAAAAGGAACCAGACGACGAUCAAAAGGUUGAUAGAUCGUGAAACAGUAUCGAUCGCGCGUUUUCGCGAGGGCGUCGAUCAUCGCACAAGAGCGCACAGUAAAACUAGCGAACGAAAGCGUAUUGUAGGAUGGUUUCACGCGAAAUUAGUGGUACAGUUAAGGCAGCUUUCGGUUGUUUCGAAAGAGGAAGGACGAGGGCAGGUGGGAGAACAGAAGUUUUAAACAGUGAGGUGCUUGUUAGAUCUCGACGAUCUCGUAAUAUCCAAGAUACAUUCCAUCCGAGUACGAGGGCUCUGGCGCGGAAUAAAAGACUUCCUUUUCUCGUCUACGACUACUUCGUUCCAUGCUUACUUUCUCGUUCGAUGUUUCAACGUUCGUUGACUACUUUUCGCUUUUUCAGAUUUAGUCUCUUUCGAUCCUGUUGCUAAACCUAGACCGAGUGUUUGAUUUAACAAAUGGACGUGUUUAGAGAAGACACGGUUGCAUUUAAAAGGUGAUUUAUGGAUCACGUAGACGAGGAUCGUCGAAAUUUUGCACAUUCCAAGACGGCAAGACCCUCGAGGUACAAAAUUCGCGAUUAAUAACCGUACGUAAUUAUAUUUAGACGCGUUUCUAACGAUCGAUCUCGAACGGACGCGUUCUCGUGAGCGAAACCGCCAAAAAGACAUUUAUCCUUUUUCUAUUGAAAGGACGAGGGAUUUCUAUAGGGAAUCGAAUGAAAGUUUAUUCAUCGACAGUAUUAAGAUAAGAGGAGCUUUUUCGCGGAGAGAUGUUAUCCAAAUGAGCAGCACACUUGUAGAAUCAUUUCUGGAAACUUGACGCUGAUUUUAUCGAUAAUUCAAUUUAGAUCGAACUUGGCUUUUCCAUCAAUUUCAAAAGCAGCAUAUUUUCGAUCAGAGAUUCGCCAGUUACUUUUUAAUCGAUCUGGUUUCACCUUAAAUAUAUAAUUGAAACGUGGUAUGUGGUAUAUACCCUUUAGCUUUUCCAUCUUCUUUCGUGCAUUUUUUUUUUAAAUCUUACCGAAAAGUUUUUCGAAUGGCGUUUAGUUUCGAAAAAUAAUUCCACGUGUGACCGAUAAUUACCAGUGUAGAAGAUCCUCGACGCGAUCGAGGGAAUCUAGUUUCUACACUCGCAGUUGUCGCAGUGAUUCCGUAUUAACUAUUAUAAUACCAGAUUUUACCAUUACGAUAUUAUAACGUUGUAUGUAUAAGUGUUCAUAAAAAAAAAAUUUAUUAUCACCCAGGAUAAACGCAGUGCAAUACAUUUAUCGUUCUCAGUGAUUUUCUGCAGGGCGUGUGUGAAACACAUCGAUCGAGUGGAAACAAUGCAAAAAAAAGAAACAAAAUCGAAGGAACAACAAAUUUAGAAAAACAGAGAAAAAGAAGGCGAGAAACCGUGCGUCUCGUUUUUUGUCCACUUUACGCGAAAUUCGACGCCAAUCGGAUCGAUAAGAGAUCGAAGAGAACUUGAUCGAGAUCAAAAGAUAUUUCGCGACGCGAGACGACAACAAAUAGAUUAAAGCAAUUAAACAAAUAAAAAAAAGAAGUACACAUAUGUUGACCAUUUUAAGAGACAAAUUUUGACGGUCCGUUCGUAAGGACAAAAAUAAUUAAAAAGAAAAAAAAAAAAUGGAAAAAUGCAAAAACAUCGUUGAUUUUCAAAGGGAUCACGACCGAACGUGAAAUCUGUCCGACUGUUACGAAUUGUCUUUAUAAUAAACAUUUACAGCUUUAAUGGGAAACAACCGUAGACGUAAGUGAACGGAGGGCACUAAUCUAACGAGAAACAAAAACAGAAUCGAAAAGAAAAAAAAAACACAAUUAAAAAUAACGCAAAAAAAACAUAAAAGUAACAUAGAAAAAAAAACGAUAUAAAGAGAGAGAGAGAGAGAGAGAGAGACGUAACGAGAGUGCGAGAAAGUGCGAGUGAGUGAACGAACGAAAAACGCAAGGGAAGCUAUUCGUCACCCCCGAAAUUUUCUGUCUCGAAUAAAUACCGUUGUCUUUUGAUUGUCGUUUUAAUGGACAAAACCAUAAACUAUGAAUGAUUUUGUAACUUAAGGAAAUAUAAGUUGCUCUUAAAUCUGACACGGACAUGACUUUUUUCACCUGUAAUUUUCUCGAUAACACGCUUCUGUUUUGAGCCUUCUCGUUUCAUCUACGUCUCUGUGCAAGUCCGCCACCUUUUUUAAUCACGCGAUCCAACCGAAACACCUUUGCUUUGUUGGCGAUCGAGAAAGGAGAUUUGGUUCGCUCGAUUUCUCUUCUGUUUGAUUCGACUCGUGUUUAAUACGGUGCGAUCUGAUAUCGUCGUGUAAAUUAACUAAGUGAUACGCAAUAUAUAUAUAAUGUUGAUCGAUUGACAAGCGAGUCGGGUACCAUUGCCACUAUUUUGACAGGGAUUGUCGGCGAUCUGUCAGCGAAAGGAACAUUGAUCAAAUUUCGAAACAUGUUUCUUUUUAUGAAAAAUUACGUUCAAAUACUUAACAACGUUAGCGUCUUUUUUCGUUUCGAAAAUUUAAAGUUCCUAUACAAUCGUAUUAACAUGAUCCAUCUUAAACUCUAUCAAAGCUAUACUUUCUCAAUUUCAUUAGUUUCGACUUAACGGGCACAUGUUGCUCUCGUAUAAUUACACUUAAUCUGAGAACGAGUUAAAUCAUUUGGCGCGUUCUAGCGCCAGCGAAACCAAAGAAACGGCAAAAGUAUUGAGAGAUGUACGGGAGACGAUCUCAAAGCGACGUUCCAUUCAGAGCGUAGCUUUCGUCAAUGUGUUCUGGUAUUCUGGUGUUCUUCUCGAUCAUUCGGCUCAAACCGAAUCUCUUCGUGACUUUCCAAUAGAAAUCGGCGAGUUAGGGCUAACGACUAGAUAGAGUCGCGUGCGUUUCCAAGUGGAGAGACAACCGGAGAGUUUCGUUGAAAACGCCUAGCUACGUCGUCAAAGUUAAUAAUUGUUGAACGAACCGAGAGAAAAGUCUGAUAGAAGCGUGUUUAACCGGAAUGAGAUGAAAAUAGAAACUAACGAUGCAAAAGAGUGAAAGAGAGAGAGAGAAAGGGAGAGAAAGAGAGAUGAGAGAGAGAGAGAGAGAGAGAGACAGUAAAGGA